CAACAAUGACCGCAUCAACCCGGUAGGGGGAAAUGAAUUUUCUUCUAGAAAAAAAAGUAUAUAAACCCCGGGAUCUGUCAGAGAUGCAUUUCCACCAGUCACCGGUCAUCGAUCAAGAUCCUCCGCCAUGCACGCCCUCUGGACUGCGACCACCCUGCUCGCGUCAGCCGGAGCCCUGCUGGGCGCCCAGGCGCGUCCGACUGACGGCAAGAACCACACCGUCCAGUCGGGAUACGAUUACAUUGUUGUUGGAGGCGGUCCGUCCGGCAUCAUCACUGCGGAGCGUCUGGCCGAAGCCAACAAGAGUGUGCUGCUGUUGGAGCGCAGCACGGCCGGCCCGACGGUCGGAACCGGCUCCAACUACACCCUGUCGUGGAACGAUACCCUAACCGCCAUCGACGUGCCGGGUCUGUCCUUUGAUGUCGGCAACUUCCCGCAGUGGUCCGAGUACAUCUGUACCGACACCGAUGGCACGGCGGCCUGUAUCCUGGGCGGCGGAGUGACGGUGAACUACAUGGUCUUCGUGCACCCCCCGGACCACGACUUCAACGACAAAUGGCCGGUUGGCUGGAAGUGGGCGAACGUGACUGCCGGUGCCGAUCGCCUGUAUGCGCGCAACCCGGGCAGCAGCGUGCCCUCGGCCGAUGGCAAGCUGUACGACCAGACCCUCUUCACCACCCUGUCGACCUUCUUCAACAACCUCAACUGGACCGCCACCGACAUGAGCGCCCAGCGCAACGAGAAGUUCCAGACCUACAGCCACCCCGUGUGGAACAUCAAGGACUACAAGCGUGCCGGCCCCGUGCGCACCUACCUCCCGCUCGCGCUGCAGUACCCCAACUUCUCCCUCCGCAUGGGCGCCCUUGCCACCCGGGUCAUCCGUAACGGCAGUCUGGUCACCGGCGUCGAGAUCGUGAACGUGGCCACCAACACGACCGAAGCCAUCCCGCUUGCCCCCGGCGGCCGCGUGGUCCUCUCCUCCGGCGCGCUGCACUCGCCGCGCAUCCUGUUCAACUCCGGCAUCGGCCCGCGGGCGCAGAUCGAAACCGCCCAGAAGAGCGGGAUCAGCGUGCCGCCCACCAAGGAGUGGAUCCACCUGCCCGUCGGCGAGAGCCUGAUGGACCACCCGAUCUUCUCGAUCGUGAUCCAGACGGACAAGGACUUCAACGAGCUCGACGCGGCCGCGAUCCUCAACGGCACCGCGACCAGCGAGAUCACCGCGUACGAGGAGGAGAACGACGGGGUGCUCACGCAGGGCAAGCACCGGCUGAUCUUCUUCAGCUCCAACGUCGCCAGCGACGGCCACACGCGGUACUACCAGGGCUCGUGCACGCCGACGGCGGAGGGCGAGGUGACCAUCACGACCUACAUGACGCACGGGCUGACCUCGAAGGGCGUCCUGGGGCUGGAUGCGGACCAGCGCACCGUCAUCGAGAAGUCGCCCUACCUGCAGACGGCCGGCGACCGCGAGGCGGCCACCCUGUUCAUCCAGUCCAUGGUCGAUGCGAUCAACGCCCCCGGCUCGGGCUUCCAGUUGGUCGAGUACACCAACACCUCCGCCAUCCUCGGCUCGCUCACCGCCGGUAUCCACUACGCCGGCACCACCAAGAUGGGCACCGAUGACGGCCGCUUCAACGGUACGGCGGUCGUGGAUACCAACACCAAGGUGUACGGUACGGACAACCUGUACAUCGUGGACGGUGGCAUCCACCCCGAUCUUGCUUCUGGCAACAACCAGGCGACCAUCAUGGUUGUCGCGGAGAACGCCGUGGAGCGUAUUUUGGCGCAUUAG